GUCGAAGGAGAUGAAAGGGACCGCACGAUUCGGCUUCGAACCUGGCCGUGCACGCCGCUGUACAUACGCCUUCGUCUCGCUCGGUGGCCUCAGGCGGGCCGUGCCUGACUCAGGACCCCGCGCUGCAUGAAGCGCAGCAUCAGCGGCGGCGGCGGGAAAGAACGCCCUUGGCGGAACGGGCCGUCCUUCACGGCGGCGAGAGGCAUGCUCCCCUUUUUCCUUGCGUUCUUUGUUUCUGCUCGGGCGCCCCGCGAAAUGCGCAGACACACACAAAAAAUUUUAAAAAAUAAGCAAAGCGGCGCCGUGUCCCGGCGAGACUUUGCGCAGGUCCACCCUGCGGCGAGCACGAAGACCCACCCGCUCCGCCGCUCGAGCGAAGCCUGGUUCUGACGGCGGCGCGGUGGCCAUUAGAGGAGAUUUCUGGUGCCGUUGAACUUUAGGGCUGCUUUCUUUUACAGCUUCCCGACUCCGGCGCAUGAUUGGGACCGGGCCGAGUUUCAGUUUUUUGUGCAAGGACGCAGCCGCGGCGUUCGCUAUGUAUAUACAAUAAACGCACGCUGCUUGUUAGACUAUACGCGCAUCUUCUUUUUAUUUUAUUUUUCGCUGAAUACUUGAAAGGGUCGGGGAGGAGUCUAGUUGCCACGGCGAACAUGUAUAUGCGUGAAUGCAGGCAAGCAACGCAAUUUCCUCGCUUGCCGUAUGGCGCUGUUUUUUUUUUUUUUUUUCUUUCUCGACUAACAAGUUGGCUUGGGGGUGCCACGGUUCGUCGGAAGACGUCUUUCUUUCGCUCACCUUUUUUUUCCCUAUUUGUUUACUGCUAGGUCUUGUCUGCGUCAGUUAACCAUAUGUUGCUGGCCUAUGCUGCACCCAAGAGGGAUGGACAACGCACACACAAGCACCGUGGUUGCCGACAUAUCCCCACCCACCCCUGUUCUCUUGGGUGUCGCGAAGUCCUCCCAACCAAUACCUGUCGUGCUCCUUUGUCUCUUCUCAGGUGCGUCGAAGACGCUUCCUCUUCCGCGGAAGUACCGCCCAACGCAACGACCCGUUGCAGGCCUCGCUUCGACGACCCUAUGACCUGCAGAACCAUUUGCAGUGUCGACAAGGUGGCUGGUAUACUGCUGGACAAGGUGGCUGGACAACAGGACAGUCCGAGUGUUCUCGAACUUCGCCGGGACCAGGUGGCUGGCAUACUGGAACCUGCAAGGAGUCAACGGUGGGAACUGUCAACGCCGCGUCCGGAAAGUGAUCCUGCGCUUCCAGCAAGGUUCGACUGCUGUUAUCAAUAACUCAGGUGCGGCGUGCGCCCCAGUUCGGUGCCGUAAGCGCGGCGAGCGAUGAACGGCGGCGCCGGCGGCAGCCUCUACGAGGAGAGCCGCUCGAGCCUCGAGGCGCCCCAGCCGCUGCACAUCCCGGCCAAGCGGCUCGCGUACGGCCAGGCCGACUGCGCCGUCGUCGCCGACCCGAUGGCCGCCGGCGGCGUGAUCCGCCAGUCGCCCUGGGCCUCGCCCUGGCCCGGCGCCGAGGCGGCGUUCGAGGCGCCGCACCACUACCAGCAAGGGGGCAUACGCGACUCGGCCAGCUACUUCUACCCCGCGGCCGCCGACCGCAAGCCGUUCAACCUGUGGCCCGCGGCCGCCAAGGGCUACGAGCUGGGCCCGACGGCCGCCGCCGACGCGUGCCAGGCGUACUCGCAGGCCUGGUGCCCGUACCCGGCGGCGGCGGCCGCGUACCCGGCGCCGCAGGCGGCCCGCGUCGUCGAGCCCAGCGCGGCCGCAGCCGCGUACCUCCAAGCGGCCGAAGAGCAGCAGCAGCAGCAGCACCGCGCGGUGCCGCCCCCUCCGCCGCCUCCGCCGCCGCCACCGCCGCACCCGGCGCCGCCGCCGCCGACCCGCAGCGAUGCCUUCGCCGCGGCCUACUCGGACGGCUACGGCCUCAGGGCGGCCGCCGCGGCCGAGGCGCACGGUCCGCCGCCGUACGUGCCCGUCAGCACCGUGCCGACGGUGAGCGAGUCGCUGACGGCCAACCCGCUGGAGUGGACGGGCAACGUGACGGUGCGCAAGAAGCGUAAGCCUUACUCCAAGUUCCAGACGCUGGAACUGGAGAAGGAGUUUCUCUUCAACGCGUACGUGUCCAAGCAGAAGCGCUGGGAACUGGCGCGCAACCUCAACCUUACCGAGCGCCAGGUGAAGAUCUGGUUCCAGAACCGCCGCAUGAAGAGCAAGAAGAACAGCCAGCGUCAGAACUCCGAGAACGCCGCCAACAGCCACCACAACGCCGCGGUCGUGGCGGCAAAGUAGCUGCUGGCCUGAGCAGACCUCCACCACCACCACCACCACCUCAUCAUUCACAGCCACCACUUCCUCCUGAUGCACACGGUCGACUCCAGGGGGCGCGCACCGCCUACCGGCCGCCCCGCAGAGAAACGGGGGAAAAGCAUGCCAAGCUUGUCCAUUGUUGCUUUGCUGGAAGCCAAAGAACGCAGCUGCCUACCGGCAGUGAGCGCAGUAUUUGGGACAAAUUGGAGGCAAUGCGUCAUCUGUAACGAGCCUAGUUACGGUGCGCAUAACACCUGCUUUACUGCCAACGCAUUGUCUGCCGCGCAUCCAGCGUCGGUGAAGUUUCAGCAGUUUUGUCGAUGUCCGCACAGCGAUGCGCAACAAAAGAAAUGAGAAACUUUUAUUCGAAUCAUUCCCGAAGUCUGGUGUUCCACUUCCCUGAUCUGGUUGUGCAGAAAUCUCUGUACUCAUAAGCUAAAGAAAUAGGCUUAUUACUUGUCUAAAGCACAGUGGAAAGACAGACAGAAAGAAAGUGACUGUUGAAGAUUAUCAGCCGAUUGGAUUUUUUUAUGCCGCUGGCGGCAGCGGUCCCCCAUCGCUGUGUCCGGCGAACAUGACACGAGGACAGCCCGCUGCAUGCCCCUGCCUCCGUGGGUUCCUUCUUGAACUGCGCCCUGGCUAGCGCCCCUUGGACGCUGUACGAGGUGCCGCCGCCUCGUGAGUGCCACCCGUAUAUAUAGGCUGCGGCGGCCAACCUUCUCCUAUGUGAACCACACACACACACAUAUAACCUUCGUGCAAGCACGAGUGCGCGACUGCUCUGCUGAGGACGGUCAACCUCGAGUCAGCGGGCGCCCGCGAGCGCAAGCGAUGAUCUCUCCCUUGUUCGGCGGCCGCCGCCAGGGCCUUCGCCGACCUUCCGGACCAGCCGGUACUGUGGCUAUAGACCCCUAUGCCAUGGCUAUGUGCGACCUCCUUCUUAUGAGACCCUCGACACGGAGACUGCCGUGGAACUGUGCGGGACACGAGAUGACGUCGUGCUUUCGGGAGGGUGGCCUUCGGUUCAACCCCGCCGCCCCUUGCCCCGGCACUUAGCGCGGGGUUGCGUCUUUCUGUGUGUGUUCAGUGCUUGUGUGUACAUAAAGAGGUGUGCGCGCUACGUGGGGAUCCCUCGGGAGCUUCGCGUCGUCCCACACGGACGGCGUUUUUUGUUUUUGUUUUUGUUUUCUUUCCCGAGGCGUCCGCCGCCAACAACGUGGUUGUCGUCGCCUUCGACGAGUCAUCAUCCCGCCACCCAAGUCUCAGCCACUACCUCCCUGCUCUCAACGCGCCCUCUCCCCCUCCUCCUCGCCCGUUGCUGCCGCUCCCGAGUGAGCCUCAACCGCCGUCUCUGUUGAGAACUGCGUGAGUCCGCUCUCCUCCUAUCGAGUGCGCGCGAGGUUUGCUUGUUCAUCAGACUUUCAUAAUGUGACUGAGUGUUCGUGCGUUUUUUUUUUAUUUGUUUGUGUUCUUGGCGUCUUGUGGGAAAAAAAAUGAAGCGUGCGUUUCUGGUGACGUCGUUCCUUGCGUGAACUAUAUGGUAUAACCACGCUGAGUCGAUCUCGAGGUCUGAGGCCGUGGCACCGUGCAAUCCCUUACGUGCAAUCCCUAUAAAAUACAGGGGCACACUUCAGUUAUGCUUUAAGCACGCGUUCGUUUUGUGGAAUGCAGGUGACCCAAUUAGUGUCUGCCAAAAUCUUUUACUGUGGUUAAUCAUUGCGGAGCCAUGCAGUUUCGCGAAUUCAGAGAUACAAUUCUGUCUGCCGAACGCAGUUUAAUAACCUGCGCUUCGGUACGUUAGCAUUAGAGGUAUACUUGUAUUUCCGCCUUUGCCGUAUCCUGCAAAGUCUUCUGCAGCGCCAUUAAUUCUAUUUUUGGUUCCAUUCGCCCGGGGUAACUAUGGCGUUUACGGUGUGAAGUGCUCAUUCAAUAUGUGCUAUAGCGACUGUACUGAGCUCAUCUCGGCUGCUUUCGCAAGCUCCCUUAGCUCACAUAUAAGAGGCACGUGCGAUAUUUUGGUGGGACAAUGCGUGCUUCAUCGUGGGUUUCCGAUUACACCAUCUCGUUACACGUUUACACGUGGUUCCUCGGUGGGUGUAGCCCGUGCUACCAUUAGCUAGGGCGCCGUCAUUCUUGAACCAAAACGACACGGUGCGCAUAGCGCAAGUUGCAUCUAUCGAACAAAGUAAGACAGCUCAUGCGAGGAUCGCGAGGAAUCAGGAACGUCACUUUCCCUCCGUGAAUUGAAACAAAGAUAGACGACAUUACAUAAAUAGUAAAGAAAAUGGGAACAAACAAAUGUCCGCAGUGUCUUCGCCCUGGCCUUCUGAUCGCUCAGCGCUUUUUGUACGCGAAGAAUCGGCGAAGCGAGAGUUCAGCAUGGUUCGACCCAGUCGCUCGCUUCGGGCGCUGUCAAGGGACUCUAGUCUGAGCACCCCUCCUGAUCAUCUUUCCAUGUGUACAGACCGUGUGCGUGUAUCGCGAAUGUAGUUUAUUAUUAAUAUUAUAUUAUAUAUAAAUAUAAAUAUAGUAUAUGUGGUGUAGUCUUUAGCCCUUCGCUGCGGUCGGGCUUACCUUUCUCUCCUUCCGCGCCUCAGGCGCAUGGCUCGUGGACGCUGGCGAGGACCAUCGCCCUGCCAUCAUUGUAAUCUUAGACCCGUGGCAAGCUCCAGGCACUGGCAUAUACGUGUGAAGCUCUCCGCUACGCAAAAGUAUUGUGACAAUUAUGCAGCGAUUCCCUACCAUGGUUUAAAGGAAAGACGUUGCGCAUGCGCAGUUGUGUGCGAGGGUUAUCGCGAAACGCGCGAUUGUUGGUGCAGGCGUGAAGGCCGACCUUUGCAAGAUCUCGGUCUUAUCAGAAGAUGGCGUUUGUAAGCCGUGCAAGCAAACUUUAACGGAUGGAUUUCUGGCAUCCGACGAACGAGGGAGAUUGGAACGCACGAGGAAACCGUUGCAGUGGCUGAGACAAACUUACCGACACUGGACAAUCGUCUGUGAUAAACGGAAUUGCCCAUACGCUCUCCUUAUACCAUAGAAGCACGCGACGAGUGAUAG